AUGUGGCCAUGGCUUGAGCAAUACGAGUAUGGCUUCAGGGUGAUACUGUUAACCUACUGUUUAAUCAUAACAUCUGGCUAUAGAAUGGGAAACCCCAUCAAAACGGCAGUGGAUCGCUUGUAUUCAAUGGUGAUUGGUGGAAUCAUAUCGGUGUUGGUCAAUGUCGUUGUUUUUCCCAUAUGGGCUGGAGAAUUGCUUCAUAAAGAGCUCGUCAGCAACUUCGAUUCUGUUGCAGAUUCACUUGAGGAGUGUGUCAAGAAAUAUUUAGAAGACGAUGGGUGUGAGCAUUCUAGAUUCAGUACAACUGUGAUGGAUGAGUUUCCAGACGAACCAGCUUAUACCAGAUGCCAGAACAUCUUAAACUCAGGGCCAAAGCUAGAGAAUCUGGCUAAUUCAGCAAAAUGGGAGCCACCUCAUGGAAGAUUCCGACACUUGUUUUAUCCAUGGUCGGAAUAUGAGAAUGUGGGGGCAGCUUUAAGAUAUUGUGCUUAUGAAGUAAUGGCAUUGCAUAGUAUUCUACACUCACAAAUUCAGGCGCCACACAAUCUGCGGAUAACAUUCGGGUCAGAAAUCCAGGAGGUAUCAGAUCAAGCUGCGGGGCUAGUGAGGGAGCUUGGAAGAGACAUUAACAACAUGAAGUGGAAUGUUAAAAGCUCUCUGAUCAAGAUGCUUCAUAGCUCCACCGAGAGGCUCCAACUUUCCACAGAACUCCACGCCUAUAUACUCACAUCCACUUCGGAAUCGAAGCCUCUUACAGUUUCGAAACCCUCUCAUGCCCUAUCAAUGUCGUCGGCGUCGUCGUCCACCAACAUCAGCACCGUCGCAUCAGACCAAACGGCGGAACUUGAACCUGAGAAGAACUCAAAUACGCAGGCCCAGAAUAUUGGUGGUGGUGGUGGAGUUUCGCUGCCGGCACAACAAACAGAGUCUUACCAUGAGAUGAUGAGGAGGCAAUUCAGGAGAAUAUAUUCGUGGCCAUCGAUAGAGGUGGAUGCCUUCGACGGAGAUUACGGGACAACCUCGGACUUGUUGCCCAGAAUGAGAGCCUUGGAGAGUACUGCGGCCUUGUCGCUCACCAGCUUCACUUCCACGCUGGUUGAGUUUGUGGCUAGGCUUGACCACUUGAUUCAGGCAGUGGACAAGCUUUCCAAGAUGGCCAAGUUCAAGCAUGAGCCCUUGUGA